ACUUUCUCCUCGGCCCAGGGUCCCAGCGCCCGGCUCCGCUUGGCCGCGGGACGACCUCGCCGUGCGGGCGGCCGCCCCAGCCCGGGCGCUGGGCGAUGGGCGGCUCCCCGGCGGGUCCGGGCGCGGGCGGCCAAGUUCUCGGGAAGGGAGGGCCGCCUCGCAAACUUUGCCGAGCUGUCACCGCCCGCUGGCCGCAGCCGGCCGGCCGCCCGCGCCGCGCCCGCUCCCCCGGCGGAGGGCGGACGCAGGAGCCCUUCCACGCCGUCGCUUCCCCCGGGUCGCCGCCGUCUGCCCUGGAUCGCGGCUCCCUGCGCAGGAAACAUGCCCUGAACUGUCACAGAAUGAAACCCGCGCUCUUCAGCGUCCUGUGUGAGAUCAAAGAGAAAACAGUUACACUAGACGCAGAGUGUGCACCACUGUGGAUAAACAACAACAGGCACAGACGCAAAAGGCAGACACCAAAUGCAGACCUGCAAGAUGCCAACUUCCUCCCCCACCGCCCCUUCCCCAAGAUGCCUUGUAACUCGUAUGGGGAACCUACUUUUAAACAGAUUUACGGAGGUCUCAGCAUCAGAGGAGCCCAGGAGGAGGACCCUCCCGAUCCCCAGCUAAUGAGACUGGACAAUAUGCUUUUGGCAGAAGGGGUUUCAGGUCCUGAGAAAGGUGGGGGAUCGGCGGCAGCAGCUGCAGCCGCGGCAGCCUCUGGAGGUUCUUCAGAUAACUCUAUUGAACACUCAGAUUACAGAGCCAAAUUGACCCAGAUCAGACAAAUCUAUCACACAGAACUGGAGAAAUAUGAACAGGCAUGUAAUGAAUUCACUACACACGUGAUGAACCUUCUCCGAGAGCAGAGUAGAACACGUCCCAUUUCCCCAAAAGAGAUUGAAAGAAUGGUGGGCAUCAUCCAUCGAAAAUUUAGUUCCAUUCAGAUGCAGCUCAAACAAAGCACUUGUGAAGCAGUUAUGAUUUUAAGAUCAAGGUUCCUUGAUGCCAGACGAAAAAGGCGUAACUUCAGUAAACAGGCCACAGAAAUCUUGAAUGAAUACUUUUACUCACACCUCAGCAACCCCUACCCCAGUGAAGAAGCCAAAGAGGAGCUGGCCAAGAAAUGCAGCAUCACAGUGUCACAGGUAUCCAACUGGUUUGGCAACAAACGAAUCAGGUACAAGAAGAAUAUCGGCAAGUUUCAGGAAGAAGCCAAUCUCUACGCUGCAAAGACAGCCGUGACAGCUGCACACGCAGUGGCCGCAGCCGUGCAGAACAACCAGACCAACUCGCCCACCACGCCAAAUUCUGGUUCUUCUGGUUCUUUUAACCUCCCAAAUUCUGGGGACAUGUUCAUGAACAUGCAGAGUCUGAAUGGGGAUUCUUACCAAGGGUCCCAAGUCGGAGCCAAUGUGCAAUCACAGGUGGAUACCCUCCGUCAUGUUAUCAAUCAGACGGGAGGCUACAGUGAUGGCCUUGGAGGAAACUCACUGUACAGUCCACAUAAUUUAAACGCUAAUGGAGGCUGGCAGGACGCAACAACUCCAUCUUCUGUGACUUCUCCUACAGAAGGCCCAGGAAGUGUGCACUCUGAUACCUCUAACUAAUCUCUGGUAACGCUCUUCCCUGAGCUGACACGCCUUGAUAAGUGCGUUCAGAGCAACAGGAGGAAAAGGAAAGCGUUUUUGUAGCCCACCAUCUACAGCUUUACUGUAACACCUUAUUAGAGAACUUGGUAAAUCUGUUUUUUAAGGAAUCAUAAUCAUUUGUAUUUAUACUUAAAAACACACAAUGUUAAAAAAGCACUUUAUCCAAUUAGGCCAAGAUUUAACAUUGUUGACAGUCCUAUAGCUAUUUUAUCAUAAUUUAUUAUCAAUAUUUUACAUUAAUGGUUUCUCACUUGCCAAUUACUUGGCCUUAAGGGUAAAAAGUACAAUAUAUGCUAAACCUCAAUUGCUAAGGCAGAUACAAAGACUCACCUCACCUAAAUUGAACUUCUUGCAUAUUUCCAUUGCAGACUUUGAUUGUCCUUCUUUCAUAUCACUAAUGGAGUUGGAAUAAAGGAGCUGUUUGGCUACCUGUUAAUGAUGGUUGUGUUUAAGAAUCUUCCUCGUCACUCUUGGGUUUCGAUCUCUUAUGUUAUAAUUAGAUCAGAGACCGGUAGCAUCUUUUCUCUCUCUGAAAGCACCAGUGCCCAGAGUCUGCUCGGUAAUUAAAUUAUGGAUCCAGAUUGUUUUGAGAGCUGAAGAUACUUGCUGCUGAUAGAGGUGACCACGAGAUCCGUCUGGGGUUUUAUGGCGUGCACUGGGUGCUGCACAGACUUGUCAAGGUUUGCUACGUCCUCUGGGCAUUCACAAAGGCCCUGCUCUCUGGAGUGUUGUAUAUAGUGUAGCAAAAGAGUAUUUAUACAUCUCACCAAUCAAAACACAGCUUUAUUACCUCAUGCGAACUCAUACAAACCAAUAGAAUUUCAACAUGUUCUGUAGCUUAGAGUGCUCACUUACUACCUCUGAACAAUACUCACGCUGUAGUUUGUCUUUUUCUUAUCUUUUUGCAUCUUGUAAUUAACUCUUUGUUUCCCUUCAUAAAAUGUAAUGUACAUUGUAAUCUUUUAAAAGAAAAAUCAGGGUUGCAUUUGCAACUUUUAAAAAACCGAGAGUGGAAACAUUGGGUCUUAAAUUAACACAGGAUCAGUAAAACUGUUGUAAAUACUAAGAAACAUUUUGAAUGUUCUUCAUCUUGUUACUAAUCCAUGCAAAAAAAAAAAAAAAAGCGAUGACUAAUUGUGAUGCAUUCAGAUUUCAGUAUUCAGUACUGUAUAUUUCACCCUGUGUAAUGGGGCCCCCUCUCCUUUCUCUCUUUUUGUAUUGUAUGCGAUUCUGAAACUGAUUGAGUCAUGAAAAUAAUUUGUGGCGGUGAUUCUAAUGUAUUAAAAACGUUUCGUGUUCCUUUCUAACUGGAUUACACCCUGGAUUGAAAAAGUCUUCCUCGUGGUAGUUAUAUGUAGUUUCAAACAUGAAUAAACUUUUUGCUUUCAUGAUUAAAUGUUGAUGCAAUUUCUUA